CGCCCAUGUGAAAACAGAAACAUCAGUGAUGGGUGUGCUCUCAGUCGGUCUCAGUACGUCCAGUGGACAGGAAUGAUUAGGCGGUCAGUGAACGCCUCAUCGGAAUGCCUGCUCGGACCCUCCAGGAUCUGGUGUCCGCCGCAGCCUCUCUUCACCCGGACCGAGCGGCGGUUCUCUAUGACCGCGGCUCGGGAGAGACUCCAGGGUCUCUGCUCUACAGAGAGGUGGUCCAGCUCGCCGGGGAUCUUUCUGCUGCUUUACUCCAGAACUGUUCUCCUCGCGGCGGCGCUGUCGGCCUGUACUGCAGCGAUGAUCUGCUGGUCCCCGUCUGGAUUCUGGGGAUCCUGCAGAGUUCUGCCGCCUACGUCCCCCUGGACCCGGAGGCCCCAGGACUUCUCACUGCCAGAGUAAUGAGUCAGUGUGGCCUCAAGUACUGCGCUGUGAAUCGGGACCUUGUGCAGCGAUUUCGGGAGGCUGUGGUCGAUCACGUCCCUGUGCAGGUUUGCGUGGAGCUGCCCCAGUUCAGGUUGACCUUGAUGCACAUCGAGCCCCGUCCAGUCACCGAGGACGGACCUCAGAGAGCGGGCGGCUGCGAUCCCUCUGAUAAAACUGGUCCCCUGAAGGACUGCGGGCGCCCGGGCUUGGCGUACGUCCUGCACACAUCCGGAACGACGGGUCCUCCCAAAACCGUGAGGGUUCCCCACCGGUGCAUCGUCCCCAAUAUUCUGCAUCUGAGAUCUCUGUUCCAGAUGAGCGCAGAUGAUGUUGUUUUUCUCGCCUCCCCUCUGACCUUUGACCCAUCUGUAGUGGACAUAUUUCUGGCCCUGUCCUCGGGGGCUCUGCUCCUCCUGGUCCCCUCGGUGAUGAAGAAGAUGCCCGGUCGACUCGCCCAGAUGUUGUUCAAACAUCACCGAACUACGGUUCUUCAGGUCACUCCCACUCUGCUGGUGCGGUUCGGUCACGGUACUCUGAAACGGGACGUGCUGUCGCCCAGAUCUUCGCUGCGGGUGUUGGCUCUGGGCGGAGAGGCCUGUCCUUCUCCGGCUCAGCUGAGGAGCUGGAAACACGAGGAGAAUAAAACCACCGUCUAUAACAUCUACGGCGUCACAGAGGUCUCCUGCUGGGCCUCCUGCUACAGGGUACCAGAACCUGAGCUGCAGUGCAGCAACAUCCCUAGAUUAAGCACAGAGGGCCUUCGCAGCACGGUGUCCUCUGUGCCUCUUGGGACUCCCCUGAUGGACACGGUGGUGGAAGUCCGGGAUGAAGAUGGCUGCGUCAUCACGGAGGGUGAAGGGCAGGUGUUCAUAGGUGGAGAGGACAGGGUGUGUCUCCUGGAUGGAGAGGACACUGUUGUCUCCGGAACGAUGAGAGCAACAGGAGACUGGGUGAACGUUAAAGACGCCCAGCUGUACUAUCUGGGACGGAGAGACAGAAUGAUCAAACGGAACGGGAAGCGAGUGAACUUGGACAGCUUGCAGCAAGUAAUCCUGAGUCUGCCUCAGGUGGAAGCCUGUGCUGUGGGUCUCUAUAAACAAUUUAGACUCCUUGCCUUCGUCGUUGCUUCAGCUAGCGAAGUCCGUCACCACCAGGGGGAGCCAGAGGGCGCAGGUAGAGAUCUGCAGAGGCUCAUACUGAAGCAGCUGUCUGUGCUGGUGUCCGCUCACUGCAUUCCCGACGCACUGGUUCUCGUCCCGGCUUUAUCCCUGACUCAUCAUGGCAAAGCAGACAUGAAGGAUCUGAUGAGAAUAUAUGAAAAACAGAGGGAGUGGUUAAGGUUGUCACGGCUGGAGGUCGGAAAGCUAAAGCAAACUCUUGAGACUCUAUGGAAGGAUACAUUAGGCCUCCCUGCAGAUGCAUCCAUCGACGAGCGGUCCAACUUCCUGUUCAGUGGAGGAGAUUCCCUGAAGGCGCUGCGUCUCUGUGAGGACAUCCUCGCCGCCAUGGGAGUGCCCUCUCCUCGUCUCCUGGAGGUUGUCCUGGAUGGGUCCUUCUCAGACGUUCUGCACCACGUAACGCAGAUGCUGCCUCCAGAACUGGACGGCUCGUCGUCCUGUAAGAAACGGGCCGCUGCGGCUCCGUCUGCGGUUCCAGCAAAGAAAGGACCUAUAUCCGACCGGACACAGAGGGAGACACUCGGGUGUAAAGUCGUGACACGAGGCGCUGAGACGCAAGGAACGAACUUCAGGAGCGUAGAUGCUGGCGAAGAAGAACCGCUGGACGGAAAGGACGUCGGUGUUCGCCUCAGUCCGAGCUGGUCCUCUGACACCGGCAGGUGUGUGGACGCCUCCCCGGUGAUUCUGGUCCGGGACGUCGCCGGCGAACGAUCCAGAGCAACGGUGUUCAUCGGCUCCCACUCCCACAGGAUCCAGGCGUUAGACCUGGCCGCCGGGAACCUCCUGUGGGAGCGAGUCCUCGGGGACAGGAUCGAAGCAUCGGCCGCCGUGUCUCACUGCGGCUCCCUCGUCAUUGUCGGUUCCUACGACGGCUGCGUUUACUUCUUGUGCACCGACUCCGGAGCGACAAAGUGGGUGUUUAAGACGGAGGACGCGGUGAAGAGUUGUCCUGCUGUGGACCCUGUCACCGGUCUGGUGGUGGUGGGCUCACAUGAUGGACACGUUUACGUCCUGGACCCUCUGCUUCGACAGUGUGUGUGGAAGCGGGACUGCGGCGGCGGAGCUGUGUUUUCCUCGCCGCACCUUCAGCCGUCUCGUCGACGCCUGUACGCGGCGUCUCUGGGAGGACGACUGCUGUGUCUCAACCUGGACAGCGGGGAUGUCCUGUGGUCCUACUGUAGAGACAAACCUUUCUUCUCCUCUCCAAACUCGUCCUGCGGGCGCGUUGUGAUUGGCUCGGUGGACGGAAACAUCUGCUGCCUCAGCGACACCGGAGAACUGCUGUGGCAGUUCCUCACAGAGGCCCCGGUUUUCUCCUCCCCGACCUUCGUACCGGGACAGCAGAGGCUUCUGUGCGGCUCCCACGACGGCCGCCUCUACUGCCUGAGCUGCGCCGACGGCUCUUCGGUUUGGACUUUUCAGACGUCGGGCAAGGUGUACUCCACUCCCUGCGUGUUUCAGGGCUCUGCUGUCGGCCGCGGGGGGCCUCUGGUGGGCCUGGCCUCCACAGAUGGCACCGUCUGGAUCCUGGACGCACGAGAUGGCCGCGUCCUGGCGGCGUCCACCCUGCCCGGGGAGCUGUUUUCUUCGCCGGUUGUGUGGGAGCAGUCGCUUGUGAUCGGGUGCCGUAAUGACUACGUGUACUGUUUGAACCUGGCUGGAAAUGUGUAGGGGGUCGGGAUAUAUGGUAACUGAUUGUACAGUUCUGUUAAAAAUAAUGUCAAUGUGGGAAAUGAAGCAAAGAGAACAGGGAGUUGACCAACCUUCUGGCAGGUGUAAAUAAAGGACCAGGCUGGUUCCUGACCUGAAAUUGA